CUAUCAGUCGCUCGCUGAUUACGUACCCUGAUGGACUGCUUCGUUGUUUCCUGGAUUCUGCCAGCGCCAACAUGCUCGUGAAUGGUGAGCCCGCGCGCUCGCAGUGCCCGGUUGUGGGUUGCUUCGAGGAAACUGGAUGGAAUAUGCAGUGUCCGAUGUCGGGUCAGUGGGCGCGACAGCCGAAUGAUGUGUGCAGUAGUGUUUAUUCAAAUUUUGACUCACCAUCAGUGGAGUGCUAUAGCAACUAUUAUGUGCCCCAUGCGACUGAGGCUCAAUACUUCCACCAGGAGUACAGCCAACCUGUUAGAUAUAUUCAACCGCAGCCUAUAAUUCCUAACCUGCCCUGUAAUCAGGUCCCGCAAUGGAAUUACAACACCAUGUGCUACAAUGUUGACGGCCAACCGUGUCAGUACACCAGAAUAGUCGAUUUGGAAGACUUCAUGAAUAAUGAGAAAAGAAAGGAGAAGUCUCGAGUGGCUGCUCGAUGUCGCCGUACUAAAGAGAUGCAGAUCUUCACGGAACUAACUGCCGCGCUACCGGCCAAAAAGGAGGAAGUGGAGCAACUUGACAAAGCAUCCGUCAUGCGCUUGGCUAUAUCUUACCUACGCGUGCGUGACGUUGUCUCUAUGUUGUCAACAGAAAACACGGAAGCGCCCAAAAUGGAGAGACCUAAAGGCUUGGAGGACGUGUCUUCAGAACUAUCUUAUAUGAAGGCACUGGAUGGAUUCGUUUUCGUGCUAUCACAACAAGGCGACAUUGUGUACUGCAGUGAGAAUGUUGCGGAUCACCUGGGAGUGUCACAGAUGGAGAUAAUGGGCCAAAGCGUGUUCGAGUUCAGCCACCCGUGCGACCACGACGAGAUUCGAGAAGCGCUCCGUUCGAAUGGCACCGGUCGACGUGAUUUGUUGCUGCGUCUGAAGUGCACACUUACGAGCAAAGGAAGGAAUGUGCAUUUGAAAUCAGCUUCUUAUAAGGUCAUUCACAUCACAGGGCACAUGUUGACUUCGGAAGACGAUAAGCCUCAAGAACACAACAAUAAUCAAGAAAAGGAGGAUAGGAAAGAGGGCGUAGAAAAGAAGCCAAUGAAGAACGGUUCCCUCAUCGCUGUGGGGAGACCCAUCCCUCAUCCAUCCAAUAUCGAGACCAUAUUAGAUAGCAAAACAUUCCUCUCCAAGCACAGUCUGGAUAUGAAGUUUACUUACACUGAUGAUGCAUUGAAGAAUGCUCUUGGAUACGAGCCAGACGAGCUAGUAGGCCGCUCAUUGUACGAGUACCACCAUGCGGCCGACACCGCUUCCAUGGUUCAACAAUUCAAAUCAUUGUUUUCCAAGGGACAAUGCGAAACCGGGCGAUAUCGCUUCCUGGCCAAGACGGGCGGGUAUGCUUGGGUGCAGACCCAGGCCACCGUCAUCACAGACAAGCAGCAGAAACCAGUCAGCGUAGUCUGCGUCAAUUACAUUAUAAGCGGUAUCGAGUCCAAAGAUGAGGUGUUUGCUGCACACCAAGUGCAGUACGCGGACUUGAAACCUGUUGUCAUUCAGAACACAGCUACUCGGGCCGCUGCUAUUUGUCCGCCCAUUGAAGUUGCAAACGGUACAAUAGUACCUGCUCCGAUUCCGGAAGAGGAACGCCCCAUACCGGUCACAGAGCUCAUAUUUGCGCCGAGAAAGAAGGAAAUGAACAAAGGCUUUCUCAUGUUUUCAUCAGACGAAGGACUUACAAUGCUUAAAGACGAGCCGGAAGAUCUGACUCAUUUGGCUCCAACGGCCGGUGAUACCUGCAUCCCUCUCGAAGACAAUUCUUUCUUUUUCGAUGAAUUUAUACUUAAUGAUAAUUACUGCAGUUUGUUGGGUGACGAUCUUACUAAUACGUCGCCAGAUUCUUUAACUACGGAUUCCUUGAUGUUAUCUUCGCCUGAACCGCAGGAAACUGAAUCAUCAUGCGAGCAGUCAUCCUUACUAACAGAUUUAUCGUUAGACACCUUUGACAGUGCAAGGUCAGACAACGAUAUCGAUGACACAAAUUCGCCUUUUAUUCCAUUGAGCGAUGAACUUCCUGUACUGGAACCAGCAGUUAUGUGGGGUGCUUUACCUGACAAUGUCAGUUUAGCAAGACCACAACCCUCAGAGUCAUAUUCAACCUCGCCAGCGCCAGCGUUACAGCGCUUACUCGCGGCACCGAAUACGGGCCCGCCACCACAGGAUCUCAUUUCUAAUAUUUACUCGGACCAAGGUAUAAUUCCAAGUAAGAGUAUCGCACCAUGGGACACUGGGGUUAAGAGAGUAAUGAAACAAGAAGAGGUACAUAAGGCAAAACGUGCGAAGCGCAGUCCUUCACCGCAACAAACGUCGUCUCCAAGCAAACAGUCCUCGAGUGUCCUCAUGAACCUCCUGGACGUACCACAGCAAUUACCAGCGCAUAACAACGCCCGUUCCGACUACCAAGUGAUAAUCAAUCACCAGAAAUUCUCCACACAGAAACCCCUAGACAGAAGUAAUAUACCGGUGCCCGUUAUUAACAUGCAAACAGUACCAAACAAACAAGUAACCAAUAGCACCAAUAGCCCCAUUACCAACAUAAUGAACAUGAACAUAAAUAAUAAUGUCAUGUCACCCUUAACUCUCAAUAUAGGGAGUCCUAUGUAUUCCCUACCGUCAAGUCCAAAUACACCCAAUUACAGCCCAGCAAUGAGUCCAGCUCAAAGAGUUCUGAGUCCUUAUUCCACUCCUCAGUCUAUGUCGCCUGUGGGUAAGUACAAUCAAAUGUACAGCCCUAAUAAUAGACUGUUGUCCCCGGCUACAGUGAUACAAGGCAGUGACCCGUACCUAUCAAAUAAGAUGCAGGCGAGUCCGAGUUUCCCGCUACCGACGGGCGAUUUACUGCUGGACAACAACGUAUCCCUCACAUCGGAUUUCUGGACCGAGUCAGAAUUAUUGCAAGGCGCAAACGAUCUACUCUCGGCAUUUGACGACGUUAAAUUAGCUUAGUGCUUCUAGUAAUUUGAGUGAUUUCUUUGGAAGAUUCGAUGUAAUUUAAAACCAAAAUUUAAUGUAAUUUAACAAUUAUGAAAUCUUUUAAAAUACCGAUAACGUAUUUUACUGUUUUGUAUUCAUUUCCAAUUUUAUUGACAUCUGUACAGAUUCUGAGGCAGGGUAUUGAAGUAUUGUUUAAUUAAAACGUAAGCUUCUAGCAGAAAUCACUCAAAUGCAAUGAAAGAACGGAAUUCUUUACAUGCUAAAAAUAAAUGUCAAAGGGAUUCCACGCUGAGUGCCCACGCUGUUAUUACACUGUAGCCUGUUUCCAUUUAACUUGUUUGUAACGUGAAGAAGCUACAAUUUAUCUGUUGUGCGUAUCGCAUGCUAUAAUAACAACAUACGUUAAAACUCUAAAUAGUUGGCCGUGGCUUUGGGGCUUCGCAGUGCCACUACGAAAACAUCAUCUGUUUAUCAUUUCAUAUUAUUCAAUAACAACUAACGUGUACAAUCAUUAAAUUAUAUAUUUGAAAAUCUAUAAUUAUGAUCACAUUAAUGUUCAAAUUUUACUGACUUAGGUCUUAUUUCGUGAAGCCCAUUUCACUAGUUUCUGGAUUAGUAUUAUUUAAUUUAAUUUCGCUGCUAUUGGUCUACGUGAGACUACAAAAUUUUAUUAUGGGAAAUUGAUCCACCUUGGUAAAGAUUUUCCUUAUAAAACAUUGUAAGUUUUCGUAUCAUUUCUCAAAAACCUUAUUUAUUAUUGCCUUUGCUAAUUUAUUAAUAUUUUUCUAAAAUCCAUUCCAGUAUAUAAUUAAAGUUUGGUUUUUCUUUUCGGUCUAUAUACUGUUUAUGGAAUUUGCAGACUAAACAGCUUUCGUUAUAGUUAGUCUAACAUUCAAAGAGUUGUAUAAGCAGAUUUACUUCAUUUUAUAGUUCGAUUCUGCCGCUAGUUUUCCUUUUACCAAAUACUUCUGUUGUUGUUGUUUUAAUUUUACUUCUCUCGUCGAUUCUAGUUCAAUUUAUAUUGGCUACUAUAUAAUUUCAGAGGGCAAUAAACCAUCGACGUGACUUAGAGACGGUAUAUUACUAUUUAACAAUGAAUUAUGGUGUUAGCAGGUUUUUGUACACAAUACGUUGGUAGAAUUAUAUUAUAGAUACAAUAUUAUAUAGAGAUAUAUUUUAGUAUUAAGGUAUUAAUAGUUAUAAGGUAAAUGUUCAGACAUAUUUAUAAGUGGUUUUAAAUUUUAAAUGAAAACAUACAUGAUGUUGCUUAUACUUAAAAUAAAGUAUGUUAAAUUAAUUCUGCAAUUUUACAUUGAAAAUACGGACAUUUAAAAGUUUUUUGGAUUUUAUUAUUACAAUUUGAUUUUUUUCGAUAGUUUGCUAGGGGAUGUGGUGGACUAAACACACUGUGUUUAUGGGAAACUCGAUUUAUUAAUAGUUUUUCGAGAACUGUUUCUCUAGAAAAAAGUUCAAUUUUACUGUUAGAACAUUCCUUUAAAAUGAUGUUAAUGAUUUAGAUUUCACUCUGUAUUUUAAGAUUUUGUUAAAAUCGACUCAUGAGGACAAAAACGUGGGACCAACACGGGAGUACACUCAAUCUUAUUGCAAAAAUGAUGAUCAAAAUCGGUGCAAUGAUCAAAAUGAGUCUGCAAUGUUUUCGCCAAUACUUGACAAAGACAUUGCAUGCUCAUAAAAAUAAAAGUAGGUGAUCUACACCACUCUAAAGUUGAAAAUUGUUUGCAGAGUAGAAAUGGUACAGUGGUUCCAUGACAACAUUUUUACUUUAUGACAAGUUUUUUAAUAGAAAUAAUAUAAAUAACCUUAUAUACACAUAUAUCUAAUUUAAUAGUGUACUAUAUAAACACACAAUUUUCAUCCUACUUCAAUAGGUGUAGAUUAUCAGUUCAUCUACUUUUUUUUCAUAUGACUUCAAAAUAGAAAAUAUUGUAUAACCGUCAGUUACAAACUGAUUUGGAAAUUUCUAAUCUAAAAUAAUAUUCUUUUAAAAUUAAUUUUUUAGAACAUUACCUUAAUAAAAUUUUUAAUGUUGUCAUCCUUCGUAAUUUCUGUAACGAUUUUGAUUACUCUUUUGUACAAAAUUGAAGUUAGUAUUAUAACAAAAUCUUAACCUUAGUUCCAUAACUAUUGAAUGGAUUUCAUAAAAAUGCCUUGUAUGAAAUGAUAUUAAUAAUAAAAUCAUAAAACUUGACAGAACGACUAUGUUGCGAUUUAUAUCAAGUCUUCUAAAUUAAAUGAAAAAUAGGAGAAAAAUAAAAUAAUUUUAUUAAAUAUAUCAUAAUUAUUUGUCUAAUGUAAUACAAUAUUAAUUUUUAAAAACAUUUGAUUUAUAAAAACGAUUAAUGUGAAAGAAAAUUGGCAUAUGUAAAAUUUUGAUGCAGUAUAAUUCUUUGAAAUAUUUUGUUAUAAUGAAUUAAUUUUUAAUAUACGAUGGGAAUAGUUUAUGUUAUGUAACUUAUAUUUUACGAACAAAAUAUAUACUCACUUAGAGAAAUAAGCAAACCUCACUUCACGAUAUUGUUUCCAAUAGUUUACUUUUGGACCCUUGUCAAACCAUAAAGUACAACUAGAUCGAAAGUGGAAACUACUUCAUAUUGGUAACUAUCAAAACCACUACAUGAAGUUAUGACUAGAUUCACACUGUAAUGUACAUCACGGUACGUUCACGGUCUAAUUUUGAUUUUGAAAUAUUAUCAAAUAAACACUUCGUAUUGAUCUUGAGUGGAACUUGACUGUAACAAAUAACAUAAAUAAUACACAUUGUUUCUUAAAUAACAAUGCCAAUGUACUGAGCAGGGCUUAUCUAGCCGCCGAACUGUCGUUUUUCACUCGAAAGCUAGUCAAGAGUGAUUUAUUGUACUAAUCAUUUCGCCAUCCAUCCUUCUGAGACGACCCUAAACAGAAAAUUUGAAUUGAUAUUAGCAUACUGUCUGUCUUAGGGUAAAUUGUCACUGUAGCCUAUUGACGGCUGCAAAUACUAAGGCCGUCACGUGCGUAUUGUCAACCCUGAAUAAAACUUAACUCAUCCUUUUUAAAGAAGCCUACACUAUAGUCUUUAGUGAAAACCUCAGAAGGGAGCUCAUUCCACAGCCUGAGUGUUUACAGCUUAUAUUUUUAUCUAUUAUGUAUGUAUAUGUAUUUCCAAUUUAAUGGGUAUGUAAUAUAAUUUAAUAUGUCCAUCAAUUAACCAUACAUCAAGCUCUAUUAAAUUAGAUACUAGAUGGCCCUCUAUGAUAUAUCCAGAGCUAUUAUUUUGAUCUAGUUGUGCAAUAUUCAGCCGAUUUCACAUUUGAUAAUUCGCACUGAGAAUACUUAAAAUGUGAUGAAGUGAGGGUUACUUCAUUAAGUUUAAAUCUCAGCCAUUGAUUUUUAUUACAUUACAUUUUGAAAACUAACGCAAAAUUUCAAUAUCAUUCCGUCAGUGAUUUCAAAAUUGUGUUUGACAAUAUUUAAAUCAAGCUUCUAGCACAAUAAAUAGGUGUUCUCAUUGCUUACGACUUGUAAAUCUCAAUAAUAUUAAUUUUAAUCCACAGAGUUCAUUUUUUAUCCAUAAAAGAACAGAGAUACCCAAAGAAAUUCUGAUAGGUGGCUUAUUUAAGUACGCUUAAACCGCUGCACAAAAAUCAAAAGAGAAAUCGGCUGAUGCUUUUUUUAUAAUAUAUAUAAGCACAUUCGUGACAAACAGAUAAUAAACUAAAGCACCAUAUACACGAAGAGAUUUAUCUCCUACAUCAAACGAAACGAUAAUAGUAACAAUCUGUCUUUAUAUUUUCUUUCAACCACACAAAAUCGGUUGAUUUUAAGAUCCCACACGAAUUGCAACGAUUAUCGUUCCGUAUAUAGAGCUAAAGAUAAAAGAUACUGUUUGUACUCUCGUAUAUGGUGUCUUAAUUUCAUAUAUUGCUUUCUUUGCCUCUUAUUUAUCUGUCCGUCUGUAUGUGUUUGUAACCAUAGAUUACUAGGUACACUUGUUUACAAUCAAAAAUAUUUCUUUAUAAAACAAUUACAUUAGUGCCCUCUAUUAAAUAUUGUUGAGACUUCUUUAUCUGGUUAAUAAUGAGAAUACCGCGAUAAACUAGUGCUUCGAAACAUCACUAGAGGGCACUUAUAAGAAUAUAUCCUUUAUCACUGUUUUCAAGUACAAUGAAUCGUAAAAUGACAUCCAAUGUAAUGCAAUCUUUCUUCUUUAAUCUCGUUAGAUUAUUUUAUGUAGCGUAUUUUUUUAGUAUGUUAAUAACCUUAAUAUUAAGUUGGGAUUGUUACAGUCUAUAAGUAUAUAUUAGUGUGUACCGAUGUUGUAUUUUGUGUUCGAAAUACGUGUAUAUUCCUGCGGCAUGUUUGAACACCUAGUUAUAAAAUAUAUAAUUUAAUUAUAUAGAGGUGCAUACCGUACAUUUGAUUGUCAUUAUUGAAUCUAAACACAGCUAAACACGUGAAAGGGUUAUAUUAGAUAAAUCGUAAAAUAAGUUACCUUGUGUUGCUUUUUUUAAUCUACUCUACAAUCCAUUUACUUCAGAAACAAAUAUAUAUUAGAAAAAUCUAUAUUAAACAUUUACUUCUUAUUACCGAUUCUUAUUUAUCAGACCAUUAGAUUUAUUAUAAAAUUUGUAAAAUCAAUAUUUAAUUGUACACUAAACUUACUCUUAAUAAGCCAAUUUCAUAAAAAUAAUAUUUUAAAAUAUUAUUACUACAACAGUUGACCUGAUACGGAUACAUGAUGUAGGGGAGACCGGGGUAAGAUGGGAUACUUAAGAGAAAAAAUAUCAUAAUGCAGAAAUAAAAAGGUUUAAUAUAAUCCGCUUACAAAAAAAGGAACAAUUACAGUUUCAAUUUAAAUAAUUAUAAUGUUUUAUGGCGCAAAAUCACAUACAUUACAUUUUAUGACGUAAUUAUAAUAUUCUUAAGACUAAUGUUACUGUAUGUGCCUAUUUUUAUCUUUUAAGCUUACACUGUGUAGGGAAACAAACAUACUGCCAAUUUUCAUUAUUUUAUCUACUAUAUAAUUGUCUUAUUGUUAUUAUUAUACUGUCCAUUCUUGUGCCAUAGAUAAAUGUCACAUAAAAUUGGAUUUCAAAAAAUUUUAUCUAAUUUAUAUAUUAUAAUUACACCAAUAUAAAAAUUCUAUCUAAGUAAACAAAUUAUUAUUAUCAAAUUCAAUAAAAAAUUGUACAUAAAAUAAUAAACAUGUUUAUAUUACUAUUUUAGAUAUUAUAAUAAUUGUCAAGCAA